ACGUGUCGUAGGACACAUUUAUUAAGAUACAAUAUGGUAAAGAUGUGGUGUGGUUUAGGAAUAAGUUUAUUUAUUUUAGGUUCAGUUUGGUGUGAUGAAAAGAGUUACGUUAAUUUCGGUGGAUUCAUUUGUCCGAAAGAAGAAAAGGCCUUAGGACGAUGUCUUCGAGAUGCAAUGAAUAAAUACAUUCCGCAGCUUGCUUCAGGAAUAUCCAAAUACAAAAUCCCACCAUGUGAACCACUGAUAAUAAAAUCGCUCUCCGUGCAGCAGCACACUGGACCUAUAUCUAUGACGUCGUCAUUUAAAGAUGUAUCUGUGAGAGGCCCAUCAACUAUGCGGUUGACUGAUGUUGAAGUACAUUCCAAAAAACAUGAAAUAGAAGCUAAAUUGCACAUUCCCGAAUUGAGAAUGAAAGGUCAUUAUAACCUUAAGGGACAUUUACUGAUGUUACCAGUAGAAGGAGAUGGUGAAUUCACUUCUAAAUAUGGUGACAUAAAUGCAACUGUGACUAUUCUAUUGGGUAGAAAUAAAACGUCAAAUGGACCUGACACGUUGUUAUGUAAGGAUCUAAAAGUGAAAUUCCAUGUAGCUCAUGCAUCUAUGCACAUGGAGAAUUUGUUUGGAGGUGAUAGCGAAUUGGGUGCCGCCAUGAAUAAAUUCUUGAACGAGAACUGGGACAAACUAUCUGAAGAACUUCAAGAGCCCAUAGAGGAGGCUCUGAGGGAAUUUCUGAAACCAUUAGCCGAACAUGCGUUUGGCGCAUUAAAUGCAGAUGAUAUAUUAUUUUAAAAAUAGUCUAUUUAC